CCCUGCAGAGCACCCAACACCGGUGUGUUAAAAUGGUGGUCUUCAGCUUGAAUUCCGACAAGCAGUUCAUCCAGACUCACCAUCCGUCUCCAUACAUUCAUGUCUACGAAUACAAGGGCGAUCCGAACGUGUUCGAGAUGAUCCAUGCCCAGGACUCGAGCUUUCGCCUUCCUCCAACUAGAAUUGCAGUUCCCCUUCCCCCUCUCCGUGGAGCGGUGACAGAGUUCGACGAGCUCGAGGUAUUCGGGGUGACCAUCCGAGGCAACCAGCUGGUACAGCUGUUCAAUGAUCUGACGCUCACCCACGCAAAUGGCAAGACGUUUCCUCUCCUGGUCAACCGUCAGGGCCUCUGUUUCCUGGAAGUCGGGGGCCAGCCGGUUAGGCGGCUGAGGAUCAACGACCAUUUCGGGUGGAGCAAGUAUGGGGUCGCGCCCAGGAUUUGUACGAUAUGGAGCAUAUGGGACAUGAACAAUGGUGCCGUUCUCGUCGCGCCUCCGGUCGAGGAGGAUGGUUGCGAGUCCAUGCUGAGGAAGAUGUUGGAAGAGAGGGACAAGGAAGUGGCUGCUCUCAAGACCGCCAUGAAAGCACUUUGCCACGAAUAAGAGGUUUUCGGAUUUGGAUAAGUCUGAGAGUUGUGAACUUGUGAUCUCGGUCAGUUACUACAUGUUGCAAUUUUUAUUUUUCCCUGUUGUGUUUGUGUAUGUCCAUAAGUUAUGUUCUGUAAUUCUUGUUCAAGAAAAACAAAUAUAAAGUGUCCUUUCUGUAUCAUAUUGUAUAUAUAAAUCGGCUUUAUGACGAUAUAAACCGAUUCGACAACCAUACAUAGUUACAUCUAUGUGUUAUUUAUAUGUGCCAUCUGAUCUGAGCAUUGGCCAACUGGAUGACCCGGCCGGCUUUACAGUAGUUAAAAGUUAAAACGGUAGGAACUUUCUCAUAAGAGGAACCCCGCUACCAAAGUGGCAGGCGGCAGUCGAAUAUUACAAUUCAAACCGAAGGAAGCCAUUGGUAGGAGUUUCUGUUUCUCUUCAUCCAUUAUAAUAAAGAAGGGAAGUGUGAUCAAUCCCUCUGAAAUGGCUGCUUAAGUCGCACGGAAACCGUCCGACCCACCGACCGAUCCAACAAAACCAACGACGACGCUCGCCUUCUUCUUGCCGGGGGGGAGAGAAGAGAAGACCCACAUCGGAUUACAUUAAGGCGUCGAAAAUUCGCGACAAGCUGUGCUGAGCUGUGGUGGGUUCUUUCUUCAAGUAUUUCAAGAAGCAGCCGGCGACGGCAGAGAGAGGGAUGAGAGGAAUCUCGAGAAGCAGAUCGGCUUUUCCUUGGCGUUUCCUCUUCUUUUUCACUGCCGCCUCUCUCCAGUUUCUCGCUGGUUCGUCUCUCCUGGAUCUCUCUCCCAUGUUUCUAACUUUCCUAAAGCUUCAAUCUUUCUUGUCCUUGAUCCUCCCUUUCCAUUAGGUUUUAAUAAUUUCAGCUGUAAUUGGUUCCUCGAUCUCAUUCUCAAUUGCCAUUGAGCUCGGUGAUUCCUAACUGCCCUUUGAAAUUAAUUGCCAUGAAAUAGCUGUUUAGGGUCGCCCAUUUUGAUCUUCGGUUUCUGUGACUUGCCAAGCUUAAGUUCUUUCGGAAUGUGGAUGAACUGUUGCAGUGCAGAUCAACAUUAGGGAUAGGAUAAUACGUCUGAGUUGGUCUAGUUGCAGCCUUCUUACAUGGGCUUGAAUUGGGCAUUUGAUGCUGUGUUUAGUUGAUUGCCUUCUGGAGGCCAGUCUGUUAUGGUGAUUGCUGUUAGUGUUAAGUGUUAGCUUUCAUCAGUUUUAAUUGACCCCAGUGGAUGGGUUUGAUGAUAAUGGAUUAGAGAGUUGUAGCUCUCAGUCUUUUCUCUACAUUCUUGAAAGUUUUCUGACUGUGGUUCGCCGUGCAGGCUUAUGUGACGACCCAUCUAGCACAAAAGACAAUGCAAAGAAAGCUGAUUCUGGUGUCGAUACUCGCCGUAAGAUUCUUUUCAUUUUCCUAGGGAUGGUAGCAACUGGGUUGCUUUCAUUUGGCCUUUUCAAGUUCUGGCAAAAGAAGAAAAGAGAAGAGCAGUAUGCCCGUCUGCUAAAGUUGUUUGAAGAGGACGAUGAGCUGGAGGUUGAACUUGGCCUCAGAGAUUGACACUCAUAGUGCUCUGGUAAUGGAGUCAAUUGUAGUUGAGGUACGUGCAUCCCUUCCAAAAUCCUAACUUAAAUGAGGUAUGCCUUGCUUCCUUGUUUUCCUCUUAUUUCCCUAUUUGGGAAAGUAGAUUCAGGAGUGGAACUUUAGCUGUAGAUGGUUACCUGCAACUAUGUGGAAACAUAUAUUGGGAAGCACCCAUUGUCCUUGUGUGAAGCUUGAAAGUUGCCGAAAUUCGUUCCUUAUUAGUGAGAAAGUUGCAGCUGAAUACGUUGGGGGGUUAGUACCUGAAAGGCUGAAACUGUUAGGGAAGUAUUAACAUUAGUGGUACUUGGAAGAUGAGAAUAUGCAACCAUGCACAUAUUUGGGAUCCAUCCAUUUCCCUGUAUGCCUUUCAGGCCUGGCCUUGGUUAAAUCUUGAAACUUGCUGAAAUAUACUCCUGGUUAUUGUGAAAGAUGCAGCUUAUAUUGUUGGGGUGUUUGUAGCUGAAGUUUCUGAGGAAAGUAGAUUUUGAAGUGUAGCAUUAGUUGUAGGUCAGAAAUUCGCGACAGCAUUUGGGAUCCAUCCAUUUCCCUCUACCUUGCCCGUCUGUCUGAAGCUUGAAAGACUACUUUGUAUAGUCGGUUAGUGAACUGCAAUUCCGGUCUGCAUGAGUGGACAGGCAUUGUUGCGGCAUAUUUUGAAUAUUGAUUUAAUUUUCAAUAGAAAACUCCAUUGCCAUAACCAAUUCCACACGUUCAUUGUGCAUAAAGGUGGUGAUGGCUGUAGAUUUUUUGUUUGCGUAAAUGAACAUAACUCCGAGAUUGAAUCUAUUUUUCUGUAGCCUAUAUUACGUCUAUCUGUCAGUACCAUGACUGCAUGCCCUUCAGUCUGGUGUUUAGCCAGAUAUACCUCUGCUAUUCCAAGCAUCUAAAAAACCUCACUUCACCCCCACUGCUUAUUUUUGCAGGUUUCACGAUCGGAGUUGGCAUUAGGACAGGUGGUUCCUCUGCUUGGUCGCAACUCCCCUUCUUGAAGAUGCUUUGCUUCCGAGCCCGAAGCUUUUACCAUUAUAGUGAUUAUGUUGAAAUGGAAAUCGUUAUUCAAAUUCUUUCAGAACCUUUUAGUGAGAGGAAGAAAAGAGGAAAGAAAGUAUUGCACAGUAUGUAAUGAAAAUUCUCGUAUAGG